CUUCCACUUUCUAUUUCAUUCUACGUGUCUUCAUCCUCCCACGUUAUCCGGUGUCGUGUCAGUUUCCCUCUAGUUAUCUAUUAGAAGAGGGACAUGUUUUCCAAGCGCGACCCUAAUCCUGUAUCUUCUGAUCCAGGUGUCUCACUGGCACAGGCAUCGUCAAGUGUAUUUGACUACACCUCUAUAUUUUCUUUGGUAUUUGGAGGUUGCUGCUCGAACGUCUGGCUCUACGAAAAUCUCCUCCUGCUUAAUCCACGAAUUGGUUCCGCACUCACUUUUUCACAAAUGAUGUUCAUUUCUCUGCAAUCAUUUCCGUCGUUCGUCACUCGUUCACCAGAUACGUGGAUACCGCGACUGAAGCCACGACAAGUACCACUUAAGAACUGGGCUACCCAAGUGCUCGUUUUAUCAACCGGAUCGCUAUUAAAUAACUGGGUCUUUGCCUUCAAUGUGCCUCUUACUGUGUUGAUGGUCUUCCGUUCGGCUGGCCUCCCCGUUUCCAUGUUAUUCGGAUUCUUCUUCAUGAAGAAGAGAUAUAGCUUUGUGCAAGUGUUCUCGGUCAUUAUGGUCUCUUUGGGAGUUACAAUCGCAACCUUUUCUCGUCCACGAUCGGGCGCACCUUCACAAUCAAAUUCUGAUGUCCAGCAGUAUUCGGUAGGAAUUGUGAUGCUGAUCUUGUCCUUGUUGUGUACCGGUUUUCUUGGGAUGCUCCAAGAGAAGACCUAUCAAAGAUACGGCCCCUGCUGGAAAGAAGGAGUAUUUUAUACGCAUUGUCUCUCUCUUCCUAUCUUCCUAUUCCUGGUUCAGGACGUUAGGCAGGGCUUGGCGAGUCUUUCCGAACCAACGGAGACUUCGGCUGGCACGCCAUGGUUAAUCUUGGCAGGAAACCUUGUUACGCAGCUUAUAUGUGUUUCGGGGGUGAACCGAUUGACAUCCCGAGUAUCGUCUGUGUCGACGAAUUUGGUGCUAACGACGAGAAAGGCGAUCAGUUUAUGCUUUAGCGUAUGGUGGUUUGGGAACGGAUGGAAUCUUCAACUUGGUAUUGGUGCUUCUAUGGUAUUCCUGGGUAGCAUGUUGUAUAGCGCGGGUGCCAGGGUAGAAAAGAAAAAGAUAGAAUAAUAUAAUAGGCGUUCGGGCGGUGUAUCAUUUGAUUGCCGGAGACGGUCUUUUCCG